AUGAACAACACGUGUCAGAGGUACAGUGUCCUAUAUUUGGUCACCCCCCCGAUCGUAGACUAUAACAUUACAAUGCUAGAAGAACCGAGAAAGACCGAUACUAAUAUCAUCCUGAAUUUAUAUCUGUCCCAUAGUACAAUCGAUAAGGACACCACUUGCUACUUCCUACGCACAUAG